ACUUGGUGGUGAAACUAGUUUAUACCCUGCCAUCAGUGCCAAGGCCAAGGUUGUUUGAUGUAUGUUGAGCGAAAUAAAAAUUUGCACCAGAAACAUUUUGCACAACAGGCCAGUUUUUGGGCCCAGAAGAUAACCAUGUCGUUGAAGCCGCGUCGUGUUGACUUUAGCGAAACUUGGGGGAAGAUUCUCGCCACUGUGCGGGGAGUUAUCACGCUGUCCAAGGUUCCACGCCCGACAUGGAACGACAGAUUUUCGGAUGUGUACGCUCUGUGUGUGGCGUACCCAGAACCCCUUGCAGAACAGCUGUACAACGAGACAAAGAACUUUCUCGAGCAGCACGUGCAGUCCUUGUACAAGAUAGUGAAUAGUUCCUUAGACAACCUGCUUGCAACUUACCAUGCCUACUGGCAGGAAUACAGCAAGGGGGCCGAGUACAUGAACCAGCUGUAUGGCUACCUAAACAGCCAGUACAUCCGUAAACAGAAGCUGUCGGAUGCAGACCUUGCGUAUGGACACGGAAUUGACCUUGACGAGCAACUGAUGGAGAUCGGAGAGCUUGCUCUGGACAUUUGGCGCCGUCUGAUGAUCGAACCAUUGAAGGGAAACCUUGUACAACAGCUGCUACAGGAGAUAGAGAAGGAUCGCGAGGGUGAACAGACAAACCAAGCCAUUCUGCAUGGUGUCAUCAACUCCUUUGUACAUGUGGAGGAAUAUAACAAGAAGGGUUUGCUAAAGUUGUACCAGGAUUUGUUUGAGAAGCGCUUCCUGGAGGAGACAGGGAGGUACUACAGGAAGGAGGCAGGGCGGUAUCUGACUGGGACAACAUGCUCAGAGUACAUGGAAAAGGUGAUCCAGCGCUUGUCAGAUGAGGAGAUGAGAAGUCGUAAGUUCCUCCACCCCAGCUCGUAUGACAAGGUGACUCAUGAGUGUCAGCAGAGGUUCGUGGCCGACCACCUGCGAUUCCUGCACGGGGAGUGUCAUGACAUGGUCCGCAAGGACAGGAGAGAAGACAUGCGACGCAUGUACACAUUGCUGCGUACGGUACAUAACGGGCUGAUGCUGAUGGUACAGGAGGUGGAGGAUCACAUCAAGGAGACGGGACUGGACGCCAUCAGCAACAUCACAGGAGACAAUCUUCCCACCCAGUUUGUAGAGUCGGUGUUGGAGGUCCACAGCAGGUUCAGUCACAUGAUCCAGAAGACCCUGAGUGGCGACCAGCAGUUCAUCUGUGCUCUAGACAAGGCAUGUUCUAGCAUUGUGAAUUCAAGGCAAGACCAGAGAUCACCCUGCAAGUCACCAGAAUGGUUGGCCAAGUACUGUGACAUGUUGCUGAAGAGAAGUACAAAGGGGAUGUCGGAGAGUGAAGUAGACGACAAACUGUCUGCCUCGAUUACCGUCUUCAAAUAUCUAGACGACAAGGACGUCUAUCAGAAGUUCUACUCCAAGAUGCUUGCUAAGCGCCUGAUCCAGGGGAACAGUGUGUCCAUGGACGCUGAAGAAGCCAUGAUCAACAGAUUGAAGCAAGCGUGCGGUUACGAGUUUACCAACAAGCUCCACCGGAUGUACACGGACAUCAACGUCAGUGCAGAACACAACAAGAAGUUUAACGAGUGGAUGAGAGAAAACAAGGAGGAACUCGGCAUCCACUUCAACAUCUAUGUCCUACAGGCGGGUGCAUGGCCAUUGGGCCUCACCAACCCCUCCCCUCUCAACAUACCACAGGAGCUGGAGAAGAGUGUGAAAAUGUUUGACAUGUUUUACAAGGAGAGAUUCAACGGCAGAAAACUGACCUGGCUGCACCAGCUUUGUAAUGGUGAAGUAAGAACGUGUUUCUUGAAGAAGUCCUACAUCAUCACCCUGAGCAUGUACCAGAUGGCCGUGCUCCUUCUCUUCAACGGCUCCGACAAACUGACCAUGGCCGAAAUCCAGUCGUCCACCCAGAUGGCCGAGGGAGAGCUCGGAAAGAACGUCCAGUCACUGGUGGAUGCUAAACUGCUAAUAAACCUGGAUGGAAAGGAGCAGCUGACCCCAAACGUAGUCCUGACAGUGAACGUGGAGUACACCAACAAGAGAACAAAGUUUAAAAUCCCUGCCUUGUACCAGAAGGAAACUGUUCAGGAGGUGGAGCAGGCCCACAAGGCAGUUGACGAGGACAGAAAGCUGUACCUACAGGCCGCCAUUGUUCGCAUCAUGAAGGCCAGGAAAGCGCUCAAACACAACACCCUUAUACAGGAGGUUAUUAGCCAAUCACGCGCCCGGUUCAACCCCAGCAUCAGCAUGAUCAAGAGGUGUAUCGAGCAGCUCAUCAACAAGGAGUACAUCGCCCGGAGCAACGACGCAGCCGAUGAGUACACGUACAUAGCAUAGGCAGUACCGGAGAGAGCAGCUAGGGGGGGCAAACCUGCCUGUAGUGGACACUAGAGGGUAGGGGGGAUACUCUCCAAGCUGAGGUUUGGCUCUGGCUGUUUUUGAGACAUGUUUUUGCAUUUUUAUGGUUUUGAAGCCAGAUAGGCAUACAGCUUGUAAAGACCUCCCUCGAGACAAGAAGACAGACCCAAUUGAAAGCCCAAUAAAAAUGCCUAUAACUUAUAAGAUACACAUAAAAAACAUCCGGAGCCAAACCUCUGUUUGGAAAGGAGGGGUGGAUACUGGUUUUGCUUAAUCACGUCCAAGUCCAGGUUUGGAUCCAGGUCAUGGAUCGGACUUGAUCCUGUUAAGUUCUGAUGUCAGGUUGUGUUAAACCAUUAUAUUGAUAUUUCAAUGUAAACUUUUUUUGGCCCUUUUUUUUUACGCCUCUUUUUUGACAAUGAAAAUCAAGUAGAGGGGAGAUGGAAAACACCUAAAUAUUCAUCAAAUGUAAGCUUGAAGCAUGUAUGAUCUUUUAUUACUUGCUUUAAAAAAACUCCAAACUUCAUAGAUCUAGUAAGUAAACUCAUUUAGAAAAGAAGCAGGCAAUACAUGACAACUAAGUAUCAGGGAUUGUUGUACU